AUGACUUCCAGCACACUGGAAGUGACGUCAAUACGUCAGCAGCAACAGACGCCUAAGCAUCAGUGCACGCGAGAUGAACUUGGCUGCCCGCUGGACCAGAAGCCAAGCCUGGCAACAUCCAUCAUCGCUGGAGUGGUGGGUGCUGCUCUCGGCCUGGUCCUCUUUUUCCUCAUCAUCAUCUGCAUCAAUCGGCGGAAGCAGCAGGAGCGGAAGCACACCAUGCGGCGUCUCCUCCAGGAGACGGAGCUGGUGGAGCCCUUGACCCCCAGCGGAGCCCUGCCUAACCAGGCUCAAAUGCGCAUUCUCAAGGAGACAGAGUUGAAAAAAGUCAAGGUUUUGGGGUCCGGCGCUUUUGGGACAGUUUACAAGGGUGUUUGGAUUCCAGACGGCGAGAACGUGAAGAUCCCAGUAGCCAUUAAAGUCUUGCGGGAAAAUACUUCACCCAAAGCCAACAAGGAGAUUUUGGAUGAAGCAUACGUCAUGGCUGGCGUGGGCAGCCCGUACGUCUCACGGCUGCUGGGCAUCUGCCUCACUUCCACAGUGCAGCUGGUCACACAGCUGAUGCCAUAUGGCUGUCUGCUGGAUUAUGUCAGGGAAAACAAAGACCGCAUUGGGUCCCAGGACCUUCUGAACUGGUGUGUGCAGAUAGCAAAGGGAAUGAGCUACCUGGAGGAUGUUCGUCUGGUCCAUCGGGACUUAGCCGCUCGAAAUGUCCUGGUGAAGAGCCCAAAUCAUGUCAAGAUCACAGAUUUUGGCUUGGCCCGGCUACUGGACAUAGAUGAGACGGAAUAUCAUGCCGACGGAGGGAAGGUGCCUAUCAAGUGGAUGGCGCUGGAAUCCAUCUUGCGCAGACGGUUCACCCACCAAAGCGAUGUGUGGAGCUAUGGUGUCACCGUGUGGGAGCUGAUGACCUUUGGCGCCAAACCGUAUGAUGGUAUCCCAGCCCGAGAGAUCCCUGAUCUACUGGAGAAAGGAGAGCGGUUGCCCCAGCCCCCUAUCUGCACCAUUGAUGUCUACAUGAUCAUGGUGAAAUGUUGGAUGAUUGACUCGGAAUGCCGGCCCAAGUUCCGUGAGCUGGUUACAGAGUUUUCACGGAUGGCCAGAGACCCGCAGCGCUUUGUGGUCAUCCAGAAUGACGAUGUAACGGGCCUAGCAAGUCCCAUCGACAGCACUUUCUACCGCACUUUGCUGGAGGAGGAAGACAUGCAAGAUUUGGUGGAUGCUGAAGAGUAUCUGGUCCCCCACCAGGGCUUCUUCAGUGCCGAGAUGCCAUCUGACUACCGGUCCAGGAUCCCCUCCACCAGAGUAAGCACAAGGCUGAGAUGCUCAGGUGCGACAGAAACUCCAACGCGCACAGAGGAGGCAGAGGGGGAGGCAUCGGCCCAGUAUCCCUAUCUGGGCCCGGAUCUCCCCGAACACUUAGAACCCAACCUCCUCCACUCCCUGGAGGAUGACUACACAGGCAGGAAGCUGCUGCGGAUGCUGCCGCCAGAGCCUGGCACUCUCCAGCGCUACAGCGAAGACCCUACCAGUGCUCUGAUGGACGAAAACGAGAGUCUGGAAGCCAAAAACUACUGUUCACCUGCACCCUGUGGAGUUGUUCCAGAAUACGUGAACCAGCCGGAGAACAGCCUCUCGGCCAGCCCAAGCUUGCGAACGCCGGGGUCCACGCUGGAAAAGCCAAAGGGCCACUUGGGCAAGAACGGCCUCGUCAAGGAACCAAAGAGUGCCUUCCCCAGCAGCUUCCCCAACGUGGUGGAGAACCCGGAGUAUCUGACGCCGCGCAACAUCCCCGUGGCUGGCUCGUUGCCGCAGGCGUUUGACAACCUCUACUAUUGGAACCAGGAGACCCCCAAGAUGCACCCAGCGGAAUUAUUUCCCGCCUCUGCUGCUCCUGCCGCUACUAACAGCUUUGCCACGACCCCGACCGCGGAGAACCUGGAGUACCUUGGACUGGCAGAAUCAGUCCCUCAUUCCAAGGACUUGCCGGCCUAA